UAAAACUUCCAUCCGCCGAGGGGGUCGCUGGGAGCCCGGCGGGGUGGAGAGAGCGGCCGUGAGUGAGAUGUACUGGAAGAGCAGCGCAGAGCCGCUGAUGUGCUGCGCGGAAGCCGGCGACAGGCGGACAGGCAGUGCGUGCUUGCGAGGGUUGAAAGCGAUGUCGGCUCCGUCUGAAGCUGUCUUCGUAAGAGGAGGUCGGAACCCUGGGAGCGCUUGCAGCUCGACUGGUUCUGACCAAGUGGCCCAGGAUGAUCAUGGCUCGCCCGCCUCGGCUUCCCCGUCUCCGCAGCCGGCUGCCGCCCCCCGAGCCGGCCGGAACGUCUGCAGCAGCUGCGGACUGGAGAUCCUGGACCGCUACUUACUGAAGGUGAAUGAGCUGUGUUGGCAUGUCCGAUGUCUGGCUUGCAGUGUGUGUAGAACUUCCCUGGGCAGACACAUCAGUUGCUACAUCAAGGAUCAAGAGAUAUUUUGCAAACUGGAUUAUUUCAGGCGUUACGGCACCCGGUGUGCCCGCUGCGGCCGGCACAUCCACGCAACGGACUGGGUCCGACGAGCCAAGGGCAACGUCUACCACUUGGCGUGCUUUGCUUGCUUCUCCUGCAAACGGCAGUUGUCCACGGGCGAGGAGUUUGCUCUGGUGGAGGAGAAGGUGGUUUGUCGGAUACACUAUGACUGCAUGCUGGACAAUCUCAACAAUGGACGUGGAUUCAGUACAGAAGGAGCAACAUCUGCAGAACAAGAGCUGAAUCAGCCCAAACCAACCAAACGAGCUCGAACCAGUUUCACGGCAGACCAGCUUCAGAUAAUGCAAACACAGUUUUCACAAGACAAUAAUCCUGAUGCACAGACACUUCAGAAGCUAGCAGACCGGACCGGGUUAAGCCGACGAGUUAUACAGGUUUGGUUUCAGAACUGUAGAGCUCGUCACAAAAAGCACGUGGGUCCCAGUCAGCUGUCAGCUGCCACCAUGACCACUGUGCACCAGGAGAACAUCUCUCAACCAGCGCUGGAUGAAAUGGCUUACAGAGCAUAUGUCACCCCAGAUGGGCAGAUGUUGACCAGCCUGCACACCUACAUGGACGUGCAGCCACCGUCACUGGGGCUCCAAACUCUUGCCUCUCAUGUGAUGACGGAGUUGCCCACAGGUCAUGCGUGAAUCCCCUUUCUCAGCAGCUUUGACCACUGGAUUGUCAGCUUGGGCAACUUUCCACAGUGCUGUGUGAGGAAAUUUCCUGUCUCUCCCCCACUGCCCCCCAAUAUUCUAUUUAUUGACAUACUUUGUACUAGUGGAGCACUUUGACUAAUUCCUGGACACAAGCGUGCCAAAUGUUUACAAUCUUGACCUUUGUGUGUAAAUGUUACACUUGUUUAUAUUGCUAAGUUAUUGUAUGUUUUCAGUGUUGCUAACUCUGUUUUAUACUGUUGACUAUUGACAGAAAGGAACAUGAAGUCCUGUUGUUUCACUGUUUAAGUUGGCACCUUUUGGAUUCUGGACAUA